AUGAUCGAAUUUUGGUCGCCUAAGAAAGAAUUUGAGUUGGCAAAAGCAUGGCUCGACGUAUCGGAAGACGAGAUUGUUGGAAACGACCAAGAUAUAAAGGUAUUUUGGGCUCGUAUACGUGAGAAAUUUUUUGCCACAAUGGGUCAUGGCAAAUAUCGAACGCCCGACUCUUUUUCGGGAAAGUGGAGCGCUAUGAGGACGAAGGUUAGCAAUUUCAACAAUAUAUAUACUAAUCUCGUCAACAAUAAUCGAAGAAAAAGUGGUUCGAGUGACGUGGACGUUAUGACCCAAGCCCACACUGACUAUAGAUUGUACCAUGGGCAUUACUUUACGAUGGUAACUACGUGGGAGUUUCUUCGCAAAUCUCCCAAGUGGCAUCUUGUACCACCGUUCGACCCAACCCGCCCUUGGUCGAAACGGUCCAAAUCAACAUCCACUACCGAACCAUCCGGGUCCGAAGCUCGUAUAAUAAUUAAUCUAAACAAUGAUGUUGACGAGUUUGAAGAACCAGAGGAGUUGCCUCGACCAAAGUGUAUGGAUAAAAGUAAGUUAGCGGCACGAGGAAAGUCUUCUUCAACGCCAUCGGAUGGCCCGUCCAAGUUGAACGACUUCGAGGAAAGUCUCAACAAAAUAAUCGCGAUUAGGGAAAAAGACCAACAAAUGAAAAUGGAGAAACAAAUCUAG